CGGGCACUUCCAGUUUUGUAGGAUCAUGACAGUCUACAAGUCAAAUGGCGGGCUCGCAGUUCAGCCUGUUGACUCCUCGCGAAAGGGAGCUCAAGGAGCUCCAACAAGUCGAAAGGAUUCGUGAACAAUUAGAGAGGGAACUGAAGGAAACAACCGAUAGGGAGAAAGAGAUAAAGAAUAGAGCAGCCAGACUUGAUACGUUAGAGGCUGACAAAGCUAAGUUAGAGGGCUUGGAUGACUCAGGAAUGAAUGAGCCCAUGAAAGUGUUGAGGGACAACAUGCUGUCACUGCAUGCGCACGUGGACAGCAGGUUGGACUUCAUGCAGAGCACUUUGGACCAGAUCCUGGACAUUUUGACAAGGCCAGGAUUUAGGCCACCAGCGCAAUCGCUGUUGCCGCUAACGGUGAUGUCAGGCCCCUUUCCAGUACAAGCUGGUACACAACCAAGUGGUACGUCUGCAGCAGCCGCACAGACUGUUGCAUCUUCUUCUUCGGGUCCAGCGGUGAUAGCUACAUCACCGCAACAACCUGUUCAGCAAUCUGGACAGACGCAAGGUCAAUGGUAUCCCCAAACCCCAAUGAAAUCGCCUCUUGCCUUUUCACGCGAGAGGAAGGACGAAGAACUCAACACAUGGUUGAGGAUAGUCCCGGUUUGGGUAAAGGCCAAGAGGACCUUGCUAGAGGACGAAGUGGUUACCGCUGCAUCUUACCUCGAGGGUAAGGCAGCCAAGUGGCUGGAUGGGGUAGUUGUAAAGGCCGGGUAUGGGAGACGCAUGGCAGAUUGGGCUAAGUCUUUAACGUUAGACCAGUUCAUGGAAAUGGUAGAAGCUCGAUGGCAUAAUCCACAGGAGGCACAAAGGGCCACUGAUGCCAUUAACAAACUAGACCAACGAAAGUUCAAGUCGGUUAGAAAGCUUACGACUACCGUUGAGAGCCUGAUCCUCGUCCCAGGCAUUAACUACAGCGAUCAGUUCCUAUUGACUACGUUUGUCAGAUGUCUCCCAAAGAACAUUAGGAACUUGCUAGCCAGCGAGGCACGCACUGAGUACCAUCCGUUUGAGACACUGUCUAGGAAAGCCUUAGAUUUGGAGGCCACACUAGGCAAUGCUCAACCAACCUCUCAGAAUGACUCGAAGAAGAAGAAGAGUCCUCAGGAGUGGAAGAAGAAGGGGGCGAAGUUGAUGAUGGUUGAGUCCGAUGGGACUCAAACGGAGAUCGACGAGCUCUCUGACCUGAUGGACUAUUCAGAGUUUGACGGCGAGGAGGUAGCUGAGGGUAGCACCCUCGCCGCGGUAGUCAAGACUAAGGCAGGAGGCCGAGGGAAAGGCCAACCUAGGAGUCAAGGAAAGGCCGCCUCCAAUCAGACCAAMCAGGCUGAGUGGGUUAAGGCAGGUCUUGAUCAAGACGUGUGGCGUGACCGCCGAACGCGUGGUGCUUGUAUCAACUGCGGGGAGUACGGACACUCGCAGUACAAGUGCCAGAACGCUAAGGACCGGGUACGGCACCUUAGUAGACCUGUAGCAUCUACUUUGCCCAACAAGGAGCGCAUGAUUGUAACAGACUACAUCAAGGACGUAGUCUGUACCUUCUCCUAUGGAGGAGGUGAGCUUAACCAUAAGAUCUCGUUCUUGGUUAGCGACGACUUGCCAUUUGACAUGUUGUUAGGUAUGUACUACCUCGAAGUUGCUAAGCCCCAGUUUGACUGGGAUAAGAAGGUGCUCAAGCAUAAGUUGCCCGAUGGCCGAACUGUCAGAUUGACUAAGUUCAAAGCCAGUAGUGUUAUAGAUACUUAUGGCUGCUUGUGCGCAUCAGCGUUCUACAACUACUAUAAGCAGAACCAAGAGGAGGGUAUGUACCUUGUUUAUGCCUCUGAGAAGGGGGAGGCCGUUAAAACACCCCCAGAGAUAGAACGCGUCGUUGCUAAGUUCCCUGAUCUGUUCGAAGAGCCCACUGGAGUUGUUGAAAGGGAAGUCAUCCACGCUAUAGAAAUCAUUCCAGGGAAUAAGUUUGUCGUGGUCUAUUUAGACGACAUUCUGAUCUUUAGUAAGUCUGCCGAGGAGCAUGCACGACAUGUUGAGACGGUAUUUUCACUCCUUCGACAACACAAGUAUAAGGUCAACUUAGAGAAGUGUGAGUUCGGUUGCACUAAGAUACUAUACUUGGGUCAUGAGGUAUCCGCGGAGGUGAUUAGGCCGGAAGAUGCGAAGGUGGCUAGUAUUCGAGACUGGCCACGACCUCAGACGGUCACUGAGGUCAGAUCAUUCUUAGGAAUGUGGGGCUAUUAUAGGAACUUCGUCAAGAACUAUUCUACAGUCGCCUCUCCUUUGACUGAUCUAACUCGACUUGACACGCCGUGGGACUGGAGUGAUGAGUGCGAGGGUGCUUUCAAGAGAUUGAAGCAUGCACUCAUGAAUCAUGAGGUCCUCAUGGUUCCCGAUCCUCAGAAGCCAUUCAUAGUGACCACUGACGCAAGCCAAUACGACAUUGGCGCAGUGCUGGCUCAGCAGGAUGGGAAGAAGUUGAGACCGAUUGAGUAUAUGAGCAAGAAGAUGCCAUCAAAGAAGUUGGCAAAGUCCACCUACGAAAGGGAACUCUAUGCUYURUAYAAAGCACUUGUCCAUUGGAGACACYUCCUWUURGGAAGGUUCUUCUACUUGAGGACUGAUCAUYAGACCCUCAAAUGGAUCAAGACUCAACCGGCUCUUUCUGAUGCACUCAAGCGAUGGAUUGAGGUCAUAGAUCAAUAUGACUUCAAGCUUGAGUAUCUGAAGGGAGAGUAUAACAAGGUUGCUGAUGUGCUAUCACGUAGAGCAGACUACCUAGGUGCGCUAGUUUCUGACUUUGGCGUAUCUGAUGAAGUGACUCAAUCAUUGGUGGGAGCCUAUCAGGAAGACCCUGUCACGAUGGACAUCAUUCGCAAGCUUCAGGCAAAAGACAAGGCCACGGAAAGACAGAGUGUCUCCAUGGAUUUCAUGGACACCCUGGUGACUAGUAAGAGUGGCAAGAGGCACAUCUUCGUCAUCAUCGACCGAUUCACCAAGUACGCUAGACUAGUGGCUAUGCCAGAGACCGCAAGAACAGACUACGUCAUCAAGUUGUUCAAAGACAACUAGGUGCGUGACUUUGGUUUACCAAAGUCAAUCGUUAGUGAGCGAGAUGUCCGAUUCACAAGUGAGCUGUGGAAGAAGACUGCAGAACAAAUGGGUAGUCAACUU